AUGUGGUUACAGAUUUGGAGGUGUUCGAAUCGGUGUCCGUUGGCGUUCGAUUGUGUUCGCUCCUUGAUCGGUACAUCAAAGAGAGGUUCGAUCUGGUCUGGACAGGAUUUGCUGCGCUUCUAG